ACCAAUCAACACCAUUCCAGACACAAGCAAAGCACCGCGUGGUUCAAUGAGCGCCAUUCCUCUUUCUUCGUAAGAAAAGCUCCCCAGUCCAUUAGAAACAUGUCAGACGUAGAAAAUGACGACGUCGCCCCUGCGACAGCUGCAGGAGGUUUUCUUGACGUAAACACAGCCCUCCAAGAAGUUCUUAAAAAUGCUCUCAUUCAUGAUGGUGUUGUACAUGGUCUUCAUGAAGCAGCCAAAGCUUUAGACAAGAGACAAGCUAUGCUUUGCAUUUUAGCUGAAAAUUGCGAUGAACCUAUGUACAAAAAACUUGUUCAAGCAUUGUGCAAUGAACACCAAAUCCCUUUAAUUAAGGUAGAUAAUAACAAGAAACUUGGAGAAUGGGCUGGACUUUGUAAAAUUGACAGUGCUGGUAAAGCUAGGAAAGUCGUUGGCUGUUCCUGUGUUGUCAUAAAGGACUUUGGGGAGGACACUCCUGCAAAGGAUGUUGUAAUGGAAUACGUCAAACAAAGUUUUGUACAUUAAGAUUCUUUAAUAAAACAUUCUACAUAAUAUUGUA